AUGGUGCCGCUUUUAUAUUAUGAUGGAAAAGUUCAAAAUCCUGCAAGGAAGGGUAGGAAAGAUAAAAACAAAAUGAAAAAAUCUGGGUUUAAUAAUCUCAUGGAAGUGAGGAAGUAUGAGAAUUCAGUCAUGGAAGAUUCCUCGUUGUCUGCUGUUUCUCAAAAUGAGGCACCAGAUUCUGGUCGAGCAUCUGACAAUUCAACCACCCUGAAUGCCACAGAUGAUAAUAAAAUUGGUAAUAAUAUCCUUGCAUCAAAUUCCGGUCUUCCUUGUUCCGUUAAUGGGCCUACUAGGGAGGACAAUGCCACCCAAAGCAUUCAAGGAGAUUAUGUUAAUGGUUCUAGUGAAAGUUUCUGUAAUAUAGGUUCAGAGUGUUAUAAUUUAUCAAAUGAUAUGAUUGAAAAGCAAACAAUAUCUUUAAGAUUAGAGACCUUAAAUUGUAAUGUACCUUCUGCUGUGCCUGCAUUGGGGCUUGAUAAUGUUUUGAGCAAUGAAGAUAGCAAUUUCCAGAAUUGUGAAAAUAGAAGUGAAUGUGAUGUAAAAUCAACUUUCCCUGACAAACCAAUCCGAGCUUUUGACAUAAAAGAUGAAUCUGUUCUGGUUAGGGAGCAAGAGAGUGUAAAUGCAUUUGAUACAGGACCCUCCAAUUCUUCAGAGCACCCACCAAAUGAGUGGCCCAAUGUUACUCCUGUUUAUUUUCCAUCUGUUAGUUCACAUCUCCCAGCUGCCACUGAUCGAUUGCAUCUGGAUGUUGGUCGGAACUGGCAUAAUCACUUCCAGCAAUCCUUCAUACCCACAAUGCAUCAUGCAAGAAACUCUCCAAUUGAAGGCGGGUGUAAGCCAAUUCUGUCUCGACCAUUGUCAAUGAGUUUAGAUUGGCCUCCAGUGGUUCGAAGUACUUGUGGACUGGCUCCCUCGGUAACCUAUAAUUAUGAUUCUGGAUUUAUCUCAAGGCGGCAGUCUACUUUCCCACAAAGUUUAAACGCUCACAGUGUGCAGCUUAAUGCUCCUACCACUGAUGAUGAAAGGAAGUAUUCUGGGGACUUCACAGAUUCACCCGAUCUAACAAAUGCACAGGAACUAGCAGAUGAAUGUGACAGCCACUGGAUAUCAGAGGAAGAAGUUGAGGUGCAUGCUGUUUCCGGGAUAGAUUAUAAUCAAUACUUUGGUGGUGGUGUGAUGUACUGGAAUCCUUCUGAUCUCCCAGGGACGGGUUUUUCUCGACCUCCUUCCCUUAGUUCUGAUGAUAGCUCAUGGGCUUGGCGUGAUGCUGACAUGAUUAGGGCUGUUGAUGACAUGGUUGCAUAUUCUUCUUCAUAUAGUACUAAUGGUUUGACUUCACCUACUGCUGCUUCAUUCAGUUCUUUUGAUCCUUUGGGGCCUGGACACCAGCCUCUUGGUUAUGUAAUUCCAGGAAAUGAAAUACCUGGCAAGAUGUUGCAUUCCUCAUCAACAUUGGCAGAUGCGGGGGCUGAAGAGGACAGUUCUGGAUCUUUGCCAAAUUUACCUAGUGAUGUUGAAGGGAAGACAGGAGAUUCCCUUCCUUAUCCUAUUUUGCCACCAAUCGUCGUUCCAAAUUGGUCGAGGGGAUCAAGAGAUUUUAAGCGUAGUCAUGAUCACAAAAGCCCUUGUGUUCCUUCUACGAGGCGGGAGCACCCUCGGAUAAAGCGGCCACCGUCACCUGUAGUGCUUUGUGUUCCAAGGGCUCCACGUCCACCACCGCCUUCCCCUGUGAGUGACUCCAGAAAACUAAGGGGUUUUCCAACUGUUAGAUCUGGCAGUUCCAGCCCUAGGCAAUGGGGUGUGAGAGGUUGGUACAAUGAUGGAAAUAACUUGGAGGAUGCUUGUUUGCGUAUGGAUGGUGCUGAAGUUGUUUGGCCUUCUUGGAGAAACAAUAAUCUGUCAGCUCGUCCAAUGAUUCAGCCUCUACCUGCAGCUUUGCUGCAGGAUCGGUUGAUUGCUAAGCUAGCUCGUGAUCAGGAACAUCCAGACGUUGCAAUCCCUCUGCAACCACCAGAGUUACAAAGCUGUCCUUCAUGGAAGACCUCAAUUUCUUUGAUGCACAGCCUCCUCCGUGAUGAGAUUGACUCAUUCUGCAAGCAGGUUGCUGCAGCAAAUAUGGCCAGGAAGCCCUACAUAAAUUGGGCAGUCAAGCGAGUUACACGAUCUCUCCAAGUCCUAUGGCCCAGGUCUCAAACACACAUAUUUGGUUCAAAUUCAACAGGUUUGUCCCUUCCAACAAGUGAUGUGGACCUUGUGGUUUGUCUCCCUCCAGUGAGAAACCUGGAACCCAUUAAAGAAGCUGGGAUAUUGGAGGGUCGUAAUGGUAUCAAAGAAACAUGCCUUCAGCAUGCAGCUAGGUAUCUUGCCAACCAGGAGUGGGUAAAAAAUGAUUCCCUUAAGACUGUGGAAAAUACAGCUAUACCUAUUAUUAAGCUUGUGGUCGAAGUACCUCACGAUCUCAUUACCUCUUCUGCCUCUAAUGUACAAUCACCUAAGGAGGAGACAACUCACAUGAAUGGUGAACAAGGCAAUAAUGUUUAUUCUGAUACGGUUGUUCUAGAAGAUUCCGCUCUGCCAAAAUGUGCACAGAUAGAUUGUGAUACUACCAAUGAUUCAAAAUCAGUUUGUCUUGACAUCAGUUUUAAGUCACCAUCACAUACAGGAUUGCAAACUACAAAGCUGGUUAAGGAGCUGACUGAACAAUUUCUAGCGGCUACACCCCUUGCUUUGGUACUGAAACAGUUCUUGGCAGAUCGUAGCCUGGACCAGUCAUAUUCUGGGGGUUUAAGUUCCCAC